GAAACUGUGGAACAUAGAUAGGACGAGAAAGACAGUGAGGUAGAGAAAGGGGGAAAGGGAGAGAGAGUGUGUGAGAGUGAGAAAGAGAGAGAAAGCGAGGGUACAAGGAGAAAAGGAGUGAGAGAAAGAGUGAGGGUGCAUCGGUAACAGGAAGCUUGUGGUGAAACAGGCAGCGUCGACUUGCUGAGGUAGCGCUUUCGUCGCUGUAGACGUUGAGCGAUUGGUGCAGGGAUCGAGGCUAAAUCCCCAUCGAGCUAAACCUCCAUUGUGCUACUGUAACCACAGGAGUGUCGACCGAUUGAUGGAGGGAGGGAGGGAGGGGGAGGCAAAGAGAGGCCCAAAGUGAGAGAAAACAAAAGAAAGAAAAACAAGAAAUAGACAGCGAGGGAGAGGUACCAUAACCCGCACCCUCCCCCAGCCGGCUACAUCGCUUUCCGCCUCCCCCUCUAUCUUUCUGGCUCUUCCCCCCUCGCUCUGAACAGUGCCUCUGUCACCACCAGCUCAUCAUUACUGUACCUCCCGGGUUAGAGAGGAAGUGAAUUUCUCUGUUCUUUCUGUCAAAAGCUGCAGCCUCAGGUUGGACACUGAGCGUGUGUGUUGGACACGAACAGCACAGGGAUACUUGUGUGUUGCUGAAAAGAGGAACCUUUCUGAGAGGAAAAAGACGCCAUGCCGUGACCCCACAAUGCCUGUGAGACAUGACCAACAGGGCAGCCUGGGAUAGCUCGACCAGCCCCCCAUGCACCAUGGAGCACACAGGCAACUCCGCCCCCUUGGCCUCAGAGCCUGACAUCUACCGCAGCGUCCAGGCUGUGCUCCGGGAGCUGGAGAGCCGAACCCCCUUUUCAUCAGUCAAUAAAGGGAUGCUGAGAUGGACUCUGCACAAGAAGGUCCAGAAUAAUCCAGCUAACAGUCUCACCCUGGUGAGAGUUGUCAUCAAGGAGCUGGAGAAGGCGGAGAGGUUAGACUGUCGGACACACAUUCUCCCUCUGCUUCACACACUAAUCUACGCUGUCAUACAGUCGGCGUACCUUCCUGACGACCUGUAUAAGCGGGUGUAUGACUUCUGUAAAAGGCUGCUGACCAUGCCCCAGCCGUACUGCACCGUAGGCCUCAGCUACACCCGACAGAUGAAGAUGGAACGCCACACCCCAGGAGUGUUGUAUCAGAGGAUGGUUAUAUCAGAGCAGAGCCUGAAGAAUGACUACCAUCCUUUUCAGGAGAGGGUGUUCGUGUUCGCCGACCCGGACAUUUUCUCCGGUCCUUUCGCCGAGUCGCUGAGGGCGGACAUUGAGACCUCGUGUUCGGGGGGUUACCUGAACCCCCUGCAGCACAUGUGCCUGGUGGUGCAACACUCCAUCCAAGCGGCCCUGGGAGGGGAGAAGUGUCAUGGCCCUAAAUUAGCGCAGACACUGAAGGACUUGGGCCAGGAUGUGGAACCCUAUUUCCAGGAAGUGGUGGCCAGCCUGGAGCAGAGUGUGGAGGAGGGCAGCAAGGGGGAAGGGGAGAUACUGAGGGGGAGACUGGAACGGCUCUAUAACAAAAUUCUCACCCAAACCCACUCAGAUCCAUUGUCCUCUGGCGGCUGGAGGGGAUCCCUGUGUGACACGCCGCUUCCCAACCCGGAGAUGAGCUUCCACCUGUGGCAGGACGAUGAGGAAAUCUGGAAGGAGCUGGCCAAGUGCGUCCGCUCCAGCUCCAUGUCGCUGACCCUCAGCCAAGACCAGGAGGCCGACUUCGACCUGGUCGACCUCCCGGCCGACCUCACCCCCUCCUCCGCCAUGCCCCGCCACUCCGUGAUGUCCACCGACAGCGGCAUCGAGAGGGACCUCCCGCCCGGGGCCGAGCCGUCGCCCACGGAGUCCCCCGGCGGAACCGGGGAGGGCGAGGCGAGGUUGAGCCGUCGGGGGGGCAUUAAGAUGAGGCCGUCAGUCGCGGACAACAUGGCCCUGAUGCAGGAGUCCCUGGAGGAGAGCGGGAGCCCGGUCGGAGGAGGGAGCGCUAGCCUGCAGAGGAGGGCGGGCUGCGGCGGGACGAUGUUGUUCGCCAAGCAGCAGAAGCACUUCACGGCCCGCAUUGUGGUGAUGGGGGACGACAGGGUGCUGGGAAGGCUGGCCAAGGCCUUCUAUUUCCUCAGAAAAAGGGAAGCGCGGCGUCUGUUUCUGACAAUGAAAGUCAACCUCCAGUUUUACUACAUCCCUGUCUGUGAGGAUCUCAGCCCCAGUUCUCCUGUCCACGAAAACCUCUCCCCAACCCGGGAUAAUCUAUGUGCCGUAGGUUCUUACUUGGGAAUGGUAGAUCCAUGGUACGAGUGCAACGUCAAGAGUUUGGGCUCCAUGAUUCCCAAACUGGCUAAAAUGUCCAACAGCAGCAAGACGACAGAGCCCAGCCCCUUCCUGUCUGAUGUCAUUUCCUACUACGUGCGGACUGGUCUGCAGCCUGUUUACUUCACUGUCUACUCUGUCAAGAUCUCCUUCACCAAGCUAAACAAGGACCCGGUGGACGAUGUGUUUUUGUCUUCCUUAGAUCUGGACUUCCCUGACUUCAGACAGUCAACAGCUUUUUUGAAAGACAUCAAGCAUAAGAAGAACACUGCAGAACCAUGUGGUGCUGUCAUCUCUGUGAACUACAAAAAGGUCCAGUUCAACCAGCAGAUGUUGUUGAGUGGCAGAGACGUCGACAAGGGAAUGUCAGUCAGAACAUCAGGUGCCCAGAUUAGUGCCAUCCCCACAAAUGAAACUGAAGAUCUGAAUUGUCUUACUGUAGCUUUCAAUGAAACUAAACUCAAGAACAACAUGGACUCCAAGAUCCGGACCUGUAACAUUAAGAUCAGGACCUUGGAGAUGAAAAGCUUUACUGUGACCUUAGACAAGGACUCUAAAAGGACCUUCAAAGACGUACAGAGCAUUGAGAUCGCACCCUGUCUUGAUCCUGGGUACUGUGUCCAGAAGACAAUGAGGUCCAAGUUCAGUUUGGGGGAGGAGAAGGAUGCAGGCCUCAGCAUAUACAUGAACAAAGGAUUCCCUCUACCAAUCAACACCUUCGCCGGUAUCAUUAACUGACCCUACAACUCAUGUGGAUUAUACAACGUCUGAAGGGUUGAGGCCGGCCACAUUGUAUGUCCAUCAGUGAUGGGCACAGCACUCACAACUGAUCCCCAGGUUUACCUUAAGGCGAUGUGGAAAGGAACCUGAGUGGCAGCUAAGGCCAAUGCAAGGUUAUUUACCUCAACUAAAAACAAACACACCUGGGACAUGAUGGACCUCAUUCCAUUCUGCUUGCGAUUUUUUGUUGCUGUUGCAAUACACUGUUUUGGUCAAAGUGUGGUUGAGGCUAAAAUCUUCCUUGUUGAAAAGAAUAGAUCUUUUAUUUGUGAUUUUAGUUUACUUCCUGAACUGACACCGGUCCUGGUGCAUGUUUAUGUAUUUCAGUUUUUUGUAACAUAAUUCCCAGACACUUACACCCAAAUGAGUGGAUGGUCUUGUGGAAUCAAUCCUUAGCUUUAUUAGCCAAUUACAACAUUGUGACAAAAUCCCGACACUAUAGUCAUUGGUUUUAAUUGGCUGAGUUAACAAACCGAUUAUCUCACAACAACGUCCCCCACAUGUUGUGCACCCUAUCACCAAUUGAUACGUUGCUGUGGUCACUCCCACUGAGAGUGGUCACUCCCACUAAAAUUAAGAACCAAUUGGUGUUAAACACAAGGGCUCAGAGAGUGGAGUUUAGACAGCAGAGGAUUAUUGACAGGCCUUAACUCAGUGGUCUAGCUUGGACCAGACAGCGUGGGUUCAAAACAUGGUUGGUCAGAAGAGCAGCCCCCUUGUCCCACCUUGUAAGGCAAGUCCUCUUUUUGAUGUCAGGAUCGGGGGUCUUUUCCAUUGCACUCUGUACAGUUCUGGAGUUAACUUAAACACCAGUAGGAGCUAAGCCCAACCCGGCUUGUCAUGUAGAUACACUACCAACUUCUCUUUGUGUCCCAGUCCUGAAUCGCCCUGGAUGUGACGUUUUUAUGACCAAGCUUGCCUGAGGAACAGUUCCAAGGUAGUUUAAUGAUGACUUGCAGAUUUAUUGUUUAUGGUACGGCAAGUGUGACCAUUAUCUUUUAUUAACAUUUUUAUUAUCAAAACUGUCUUGGUGAACUAACAGCUCAAGCUCUCGAAGUGGUAACUCAAAGAAUUAAUCAGUACAAUUUAGAAGAGUGCCACAGAGGAAACGGCACAGCGCCACUGUAAACGCAGUGCUCCUACCCCCAUACCAGAGCUACUCAUUGCAUUGGAUUCACACACUUGUUGAGUCAUUAGAUUGUCCAAGUCCAGAGGUGUUUUUAUUAUUACUCCUGAGACACCCUUGUUUUGUUGGUGUGGGAUAAAAGACUUUUGUUCACGAGUGCUAUGUGCGUGUGUAUUUGAGAGGAUGUGUUUGACAGAGGGAGCAGUUUAUAUGUAUGGAACGCGGAAAACUAAAUGUUAAUGUAGUUUUGUAGGGCUUUCCCUGUGCCGCCACGACAACAUGCAGAUCAUUACUAUUUUAUUCCUGACAAGUCACCUGUAGGGCCUUUGAAUAUGAGCAAAUCGGAUUUUGUUUAAUGUAGCCUAUUCUGUUAUACAGGGAAGUGGAACUUUAAAUUCCAUGCGUGGCGGAGGAGUUUCAGGAACAGGCUUUCGUGUGUUUUUAGAAUGUUGUUGAGAACUGGAACAGGUGUCCUUGGGGACGGGAUAAACAGAACGCUGACGGCUGUGGGUUUAAAGAUUCUUGCCAUGGCGCCCUUUUGUCAGAAACAAUUUGGCAUUGUGACAACGAUACCCUGUAAAUAAGCCCAUUUCCUGUCACUUAAUUCCUGUGUGUUACCGUCCUCACCACGUCCUCACCACGUCUUCUGCACUUUCAAGGUACAUAUUUCUUGUGAAAGUAGAUAAAACGUACAGGUUAUAAACACUUUGGUAGGUGUUGGUGUGGUUAAACAAGUCUGCCUUCAAGUUGUAUGGUGGAAUAAUGUCAAAAUCUGUUGUAAAUGUUGUUUUUAAAAAGCCCACUAAAUGUGUGUGCGCGCGCGCGCGCGCGUGUGUGUGUGCGCGCGCGCGCGUGUGUGUGUGUACAUACACGCAUAUAUACAAAUGAAUAUAUUUAAUAUACCUGAUUGAAGAACUAUAAGAAAGGCAAGAUAAUGAUUGUCUCCGUAAACCCUCGACCCUCAGGCCAGUAGCCCUGAGAGGCGUCAUCUGUGCCAUGCGGACGUGGUACAUUUGAUUUAUAAUCCGUGUGACCAAAGUUAGUUUUAUCAGUGGCCAUAAUUGCUCUCUGUGAGUAAACGGAAGAAGAGGUGAGGUAUUUCUGUCAUAUUCAAAAGGGCGGGUUUUGUGAAAAUAGGGUUGCGUUUUGAGCUGUCCUGUAGUCAGAAAGGCAUGUUGGUACAUAAGGCACAUACACCAAGAGCAUUCAGUACAACAGUAAUGACACACGCUAAAAAUACCUUUGCAGAGGCUCCAGACAACAUACGAUGUACAGACUUGGGGGUGGGGGUUGUGUCGUUUUGUGCUUUUGGCUGUUGAGAGUGGUGCAAUAUCCUGUGUGGUUGGCUAUUACCAUAUUAAGAGGUAUACAGUCUAAGGAAGGUUAUUCGUAUAGCUUCUAGAGGUUUUCAAAGGUCUUCACAUCUGCCUGGAAGUUGACAGAAAGUGGUCACGGCAGAUACAAUGUGUGAUUUAUAAUAAGUCACAAGGGGAUGGGGAAGAGCUAACAUAAAUGCUCACCAACAACUAUGUACUUAGAUGAUAGACAGAUCCCGACACAUACACACACACACACAGACCGACCGACAGACCCAUACACACGCACGCACACACAGACAGACAUACUGACAGACCCCUACA